AUGAUACUUCACGCUAUUUCACUCCAAUGGCACACCAAUUUAUGCACUAAAUUCUACACCAUUAAUGCUCGAGGAGGAGGAACUCAAACUCGAAGCAACAGUAACAAUGGAGUUGCUAAAUGUUCUAAUCAAUUUGCAGCUUUGGAUGAAAGUAACAAGUUUCCUACUAUUGAUCCACGAAGUCCUUAUUUUCUUUCAAAUGGUGAUAAUGCCUCUGCAUCCUUAGUUCCUAAAAUUCUAACUGGUGCGGACAACUACAGCUCAUGGUGUAGAUUGAUGAUGGUGGCUUUAAUGGCAAGGAACAAGAUAAAGUUCAUCAAUGGAAAAUUACCAAAACCUGAUGAAGAUGAUGAGGAUUAUGAAUCGUGGAUCAAAUGCAACAGUUUGGUAAUAUCCUGGAUCCUAAACUCUGUUUCUCCUACUACUGUUGAUAGCAUCAUGUACAUGGAAGAUGCUUCACAAAUUUAG